AUGGCCGGAUUGAUCAGAGAGGCGUACAGCCAGUUCAAAGACCUGCCCGUCCCAGACACGCUACAAACGGGCCGUACGAUCAUCAUCACCGGCGCCAACGUCGGCUUCGGCCUCGAAGCCGCCCGCCACUUCACACGCCUCCAUGCCGACCGCGUCAUCAUCGCCUGUCGCGACAAGACCAAGGGCGAUACCGCCGCCGAUUGGAUCCGCGCCUCGUUUCCCGAUAGCCCUACGAAGCUUAAUGUCUGGCUAGUUGAUAUAAGUGACUUUGCGAGCAUCAAGGCCUUUGCGGCGCGGGCUGAGAAGGAGCUGAAUCGUGUUGAUGUCUUCCUGAGUUCGCAGUAUCGCGACGUCGACGCCUACUUCAAUGAGCGUAAACAGGAAAAAAUCUUCGACGCCCUCAAUGCAAACCGUAGCCUCCUCGAUCGGUAUAACGUCUCUAAGCUCCUACAAGUUAUAAUCGUCAAGCAGCUCGCCACAGCGACGCGGGUUCCAGGCUACCCCCCCAAUGAAAGGAUCAUAAUUAAUACUUUACAUCCGGGACUCUGCCAGACUGAGCUAUUCCGGUCUAUGCCUUUCCCGCUCAAUUACCCAUUGAAGUUGGGUAUGCGUGUUUUUGGACGUACCUCGGAGGUAGGUUCAAGGUGUCUUCUGGCCGGAGCGCUUGCUGGCGAGGAGUCGCAUGGCCGGUACAUGGAAAAUUGCGUCGUUGCUGAAUACGCGCCCAUUUUGAAUGGCGAGGAAGGCGAGUUGAUGCAGGUCAGGGUCUGGGAGGAGGUUGUUGCCAUAUUGGAAAGUAUCCAGCCUGGGAUCACCAAGUUGAUCUGA